AUGUUCUUAUCGUAUUUCUAUCCCAUUUAAGUGAGGAAUGCUAAACAUAUGAAAAGUGUGUUUGUAGGAUGAAUUGACGAUAAUUUGGUUUACAAUUCGGUUUAAGUUUUUGUUUUUUAAACAUAAUAAACAUCAGAACGGACAUUAAAUAUUACUACUGCGCACUAAAAAUGCACCAUCUUAAUGGAACCAAAAUUUGAUCACAUGAACAUCCAAUUCAGGCACGCAAAAGCCAUUAAUUAUGGCUCUAAAGCUUUCUCCAUUGGCUGUUUCAUUAUGGCCGACUUCAUUUGACUUUUUGAGGAUGUCACGACGUGUCAAUGGCGUGGAUUAUUAUCAAUCCAAACAAGGUCGGGAUUUGGUACCUCAACAAAAUACUUAUUAUACAUCUUUCAACUCUAGGAUUAUUGAUGCUGUCAAGAAUAGAUUCCAUCGCAGCGAUAAAAUGUUUCAAAUGCAGCGUUACUGUAGAAAAAAAUUAUAUACAAAAUAUAACUGUUUUGACGCCAAUGUGCACCAAAUUUGACUGGUCUGAAAAUUUUAUCAUUGAUUGCCCAUUUUCGACAAUGUGUUUAAAAACCAUUUCAACACUUCAUUUGCAAAACGAAAAACAAAACACUAUAACAAGGGGAUGCGCGCCGCAAAAAGAUACUAAACAGGUCUUUAAGAAUCGUCGAUGGCAACAAGAAUAUUCGGUACAAGAAGUGUACGAUGAAGGCUGUAUAGGAAUUUUAAGGCAAAAUCACUUGUCAGUAUCCAGUAAAAUACACUGCUAUUCGGGUAAUUUAUGCAACUCAGGACCAGGAAAAAUCUUUGCUGAGCGAAUACUCGCUACAAGCCUAGCUGUACUUUUCUAUUUAUUGCGCUUAUUGUAGUAAAUAUUGUGAUAUAAAACAACUACCAUUGAACUACCUAGAAUUAGACAUUUGCAAAUUUUCAAAAAUACAAUUAGAACACAUAGAUAA